GUAAAAUAAAUAAGAACAAAUUAUAUGAUGUGACAUAGAUAUGUAGUAUGAAUAUGGUCAAACUCUAUUCUUUGGUAUGAUAGUAUGCAAUACAUACUACACAGAUUCAUACUAUAGUUAUGUCGUCUCUAACUCUUAUAAUCUGUGUUGUUCGUUGUAUAGUAUAAUCAUAUUUUAUAUGUGCUAUAAUGCGACGAUACAAGAGGGAAUAUCAUGUUGUAAAUAUGUUCAAAUUAAGUAUUAUUUGACUGAAUAAAGAUAAUGUAAUAAUACAAAAUACUAUUUGACUGAAAUAUAUAUUAUAUAUCCUCGAAUAAUCAAAAAAUAAUGAUAAUCAAAGAGUCUUACUAAUUUCUUUAACCUUGAUAAAUUGACAUCCUGUGAAAGAUUGUUGCCCGGGACUGUUUGCUAACAAAAAUGCAUUUCAAAAAUGAAUAUCGUAGAUCCAUAGAUGAAUACAAACCUGCUGUACCGAUAAAAAGAAAAAUGAGCCUUUAUUGGAUUUUAGUAAUCUUAAGAAUCAUAUUAACUCUUAUUCCUCAAACAGGAUAUAUUCAUCCUGACGAAUAUUUUCAAUCUAUCGAAGUCAUAUCUGGGGAUUAUUUUGACAUUGACGUCAACAAACCAUGGGAAUUUAAUUCAACGUUUCCCGUAAGAACUGUUUUAAUACCACAAAUCAUAGUUGGUAUGCCAUAUUCAAUUUUGAAGAGACUUUCAAAAUAUACAGUUUUUUAUUUGGGUAUAUCAUUGAAAUCGCCAUAUUUUCUUAUAUCAUCUCCACGUUUGUUAGUGUGUGGCUUAUCUUUUAUAUCAGAUUAUUGUUUGUAUAAAAUCUGUUACAUAUAUGGUCAAAAUUACAAAAUAAGACUGAUCAUUUAUGCCAGUUCCUAUGUUAUGCUUGUUUAUGCCACUCAUACAUUAUCAAAUACUAUUGAACUGGUGUUAACAGCUUUAUUAUUAUAUUAUACAUCAUAUUCUAUGGCAUAUUCAGAAAAGGUAGUUGUUCAAAGUGAUUAUCUAUCAGAUAAAUAUAAUGAAGCAAAAACUGGUAUAGAAAGAGUAAAAUACUACAAACUUAAAACUACAUUGCCGCCACAUUCUUUAAAUCAUUGUAUAAAAAUUGCAACAGUUACUGUGAUUGGUAUAUUCAAUAGACCAACAUUCAUUGCAUUUGCCUUUGCUCCUAUCUUCUUUUGGCUACAGAGAGGUUUAGGUUCAAAAACUGUAGGUUUUGGAGACUUUCAUGUUCGAAUAUUCACCUUCAUUGCUUGUGGAAUACCUACCACUGUUUUUUUUAUUUUAGUUGAUAGCUUUUAUUUUGGUUAUUUAACAAUGGCAGAGAUAGGUAAUCUUGACAUUAGCAUGAAUAACUUUGUGGUAACACCACUGAAUUUUCUCAGAUACAAUUCAAAUACUAAAAACCUACAGGAUCAUGGCUUACAUCCUCAUUAUUUACAUUUGAUAGUAAAUGUACCCCUAUUAUAUAAUGUUCUUGGAGUUAUUGGCCUUUGUACAUUUGGAAAACUAUUAUACAGUGGUUUAAAAGCACAAUGGUUAGAUUUGCCACGAAUACAAAGUGUUGUUGGUUUAAUGACAACAUCUUUUAUUACACCUAUCAUAUUAUUAUCAAUGUUUCCUCAUCAAGAGCCUAGGUUUAUUAUACCAAUAUUAUUACCUUUGACUUUUUUGUAUGCACCAAAUAUAAGUCAAAAAUCAGGAGUUGACACUAUCGCACGUAUUGCAGAAGAUGAUGAGUCCUCAAAUGCAUUUACAACAAGAAAUAAGUUGAAUAAACUACAGAUUUUUUGGUUUAUAUGUAAUAUUGUAUUAACGUUCUUUUAUGGAUUUGCUCAUCAAGGUGGUGUUCUACCCUUAUCAACUCAUAUAGCAACUGAAUUAAAAGCAAAACCAGAUCUUACACAUAUACAUUUAUUUACAUCUCACACUUAUUCUGUACCAACAGCACUUUUACAUUUAAGAAAUACCAAAAAGACAUAUGUAAGUAGUGCAAAUCACAAAUAUAAAUUGAUAAAAGAUUUUUAUCUUUACGAACAAGGAUCAAAAUCUUUAAGAGAUGUAUGUAAUGUUAUUGCUUCGAAACUUCGUGAAUGUGAAUAUAAGUAUGUCACCAAGAAGGUACCAUAUAGAUUGUAUUAUGCUCUUCCUGCCACAGAUUUGGAAGAGUUUAUUUUUAUUCAAAAUAGUAUAAAUUUAUUCAAUUAUCAUAUUGCACAUAAAUUUUAUCCGCACGUUACAGUUGAAAAAUUACCGUUUUCAAAAGCUGUUAAAAAUAUUACGCGUUUAACAAAUCUAACCACAUUUUCAGUGGAUAGAUUGACUGAAAUUAUGGAUAACAUACUUGAGGUUUUUCAACAGUUUCAAUUGUUAUUAAUACGAAUUGAGUAUUCAGUAGGUAAUAAAUAUAAAAAUAUACAUAUAUCAUGAAAGGAAUUAUUAUAAUUCAUAAUUACAAUAUUCUAAUUUAUUCGUUAAAUUAACGUAAUACGUAUUUAUUUACCAUUUAGUCACUAUAAUAACUACAUUUGUUACUAUAAUAAGAAAAAAUAUAUGAUUAUUUCAUAUAAUAUGAAAACAUAUUUGUAAUUCUUAAUAGUGAAACAAUAUUAUAUUUAAAACUUACAUUAAACAACCCGUAAGAUUAUCCUAAAUUAGGAUCCAUAUAAGAUAUUUAAAA